GAACAAAUGACUUGGUUCGUUUGCAUCUUACAAAAUGACCUGAUUUAAGGGAUUUAAACACUUCUCACCUAUUUCGUUUCCAGGUGCUCAACUCCACCUUUCUCAUUGUUCAACAGCCACAUUUCUGAGCUGAACAACCCUGAGCAAAUAAAAAAAAUAAUAAAAUGCUGCAGAGUCAUAUCUCGGAAGCAUCUGCAGCAAGAAAGAUGCCUCAAGACUCGUGCAGUGGAUUCUGAAGGUCACCAGUGCACUUCCACGGAUAGACCAUGACACUUAUUCCAGUGGGUGCCACUUACAGGAGGCCCUUGAAGUGGGUUUUUGUGUUUCUCCUGGUGUUUUCCAUGGUAACAAUGUUGUACAUAACCUUUCCUUCCAACGCUGUGCUUGAGAAGGUGAACCUGAUGUAUUUUUAUGAGUAUGAACCCGUUUACAAGCAGAACUACCUGUUCACGCUGCGGGAGCGCUGGAAGUGCCGGGACAUCCACCCAUUCCUGGUCAUCCUGGUGUCUUCCAGGCCGAAGGAGGUGAAGGCCAGGCAGGCCAUCAGGAUAACGUGGGGCUCUCGGAGCUCCUGGGGGAGCCACCGAGUCCUGACCCUGUUCUUGCUGGGGCAGGACACCCAGAGGGGAGACAACGCGGCAGAACUGUCGGUGGAGGACGAGAGCAUCCUCUAUGGAGACAUCAUCCAGCAGGAUUUCGUGGACACCUACGACAACCUCACCCUGAAGACCAUCAUGGGGUUCCAAUGGGUCUCCGAGUUCUGCCCCAGCACCAGGUUCCUCAUGAAGACUGACAGUGAUGUCUUCAUCAACACCCCCAACCUGGUGAAGUUCCUGCUGCAGCGGAAUUCCUCGGAGACCCUUUUCACUGGUUACCCCCUCAUCAACAACUUUGCCUACAGGGGCUCUGACAAAACCAGAUCCAUCUCCUACCAGGAAUACCCCUUCAGGUUGUACCCUCCCUACUGCAGUGGGUUGGGCUAUGUCCUGGAUGGAAAGCUGGCCCUGAGGAUUUAUGAGCUGAUGAGCCACGUCAAACCCGUGAAAUUUGAGGAUGUUUAUGUUGGAAUUUGCUUAAAUAUUCUUAAAGUCAACGUCAGUGUUCCAGAAGAUGCAGAACAGUUCUUCCUGUAUAAAGUUAAUUUUGAUGUCUGUAAGUACAGGCAUCUGAUUGCAGUUCAUGGCCUUGCACCGAGUGAACUCAUCCAGUCUUGGCAGGAUUUGUCAUCCAGCAAUUCCGUGACUUGCCUUUGAUUCUGGAUUAACACACAAACUGAAAAACCUGUUUGGUGUAAAAACAACAUUUAAAGGGCAGGGAAAUGCAAACCAAAAGCAGUUCUAGAGAUGCCUUUGACAACACUGCAGUGGCAGCAUUUCCCUGGAACAUCCCAGUAGUCUUAAAUAAAAAUACCAGGAAUUCACAAAGCACUUUUCCACGUGGGUAUCCCACACACUCAGGGUACUUUGGAAUGCUCAGGGUACUUUGGAAUGCUCUGUCCCAUCUGGCUCUGACACCUCCCCACACGGUCAGCUACAGGGAUUUCUGUCUGAAUCUUCUGGAAUGGAUGAAAAGUCACCAAGGAAUAAUGUUUAUGCCAAGAAACCAGCUUUAAGGAUGCUUCCCAAAUUCCUGCCUGGAUUGAUUUUAUGGUUUUAUGGCCACUCUCCAUUAUUUAUUCUCUGCCUAGUGUGAAGCAAAACAACCUUCUUUCUGUGUCUCACCUCUGUGACCCUUCUGAGAGUGUCACACCUGGGUGUUUAAAUGUAUCACCUCUGUCAGGCUUCCGAGAACAUUCCAAGCCCGUGGGAUCUGCAGGAGCUGAUGGGAAAUUCUGGGAAAGUGGGGCACUUUUUGUGUGUGUCUCUACAGACAUAAAAUAGAAUGGCUUUGGCGUCUUUGACAGUGUUCCCAGACUCCUGGAGGGCAGGUGGAGUUCACUGAUUAUGAGACAUCCCAAAACCACUGGGAUAAUCAACCUCCGUAUAUAAACAUCUCUCUGUGUGUACUGAUGCAUCCCAAGAGCUUUGGAAGCCACAGGGAAGAUGAAAGCAGAAUAAUUUCUCCUGUGAUUUAUGUCUGCUUUUCUCAAUUAGUUUCCUUCCCCCACAUUUUAAAACGCGAAAAAGGAAGAAACCCCCGAUAUUUAAAUUUAAAGAAGACAAACUCUGCCCUGUGUGUAAAGACCAGUUUUUAAUCACUUUAUUCAUAUCAGCAAGGCCCAGUUUUCAGUAGUUUACACUUCUAAGAGACAACAAUACAGAAUUUUGCAAUUGCAUGAACAUAAUUAAUCUGGACACAUCCACUACACGGGGAGGAGACUACGGUGACAUCCUGUCCAUGGAGCAGCUCCUGUUCCCAGGGAUUUUGCCUGGCAGAAUUCCACAGUGUCUCCUAGAGACAAACCACAAGAGGUGCAGAAACCUCCAGGACCACGGGGGGAGGUUUCAGCAGUGCCUUCAUUCCCUUGUGGUCAGGAUUGAGUUUGGCUCUUUUCCAACAGCUGCACGUGGGGUUCGGGUGGGAUCGGAGGACGGGUUAUUUUUUUAGGUAUAAAAGUGAGGUUUUGGGGACAACACUCUCUAGACAAGAUGUCAGUGUUCUAAGGAUGGAUGUUAAGCUCAAAGUUUUUAAAAAAUAAGAGGUGUUUUUUAUUUUUGUUAAAUAGCUGAAGAUACAGAAUUGGGUAAGUGAGGGAAGGAUGCUCUUGUAUUUCCAGAAACAGGUACGACUACAGCUGUGCCACGGGUUUAGGAUCUGGGAUUUGAUUGUUCUGUGGGCAGAUCCUGAGAGCUCUGUGAGAAAUAUUUGCCUUGUUCCAUGAUUGUUCUUACAUCUCAGAACCCAAACCCCUCUGUUUUUUAGAAGCCUGCCAUGUCACGUGUUCAGAAAUAAAUUAUUUGCCACAAGAACACUGAUACUACAGCACAGUUUUUAUUACUUCCCCCCUCCCCCCCCCAAAAAAAAUGUAAUUAUGACUCUGCAGGCUUCAGAAAAUAGAUAAAGCAGAGAGUGGUCCUGGUGAGGGAGAAAGGAGAGUCACAGAGGACCAGAAACACACCCCAUCACCUGCCAGUAUUUGGGGUUUCUGGGCCCCAAGUACUGACACUGCUCAACAAACAAAGGUUUGUACACAGUGAUCAGUUUGAAAUUAAUUGUCAUCUACAGUGACAGCAACUCUGCAACGAAUCCCACUGGAAAAUGAGUCCUGGUUUUCUGAAAAAAACCCUCCUUUCCAAAUCUGAUUUGUGUUUGAGUCUGACCUUAUUAUUGCUUAAAAGGCUGGAAAAUUCCUAACUGUAAAAUUCCUAACUAAGCUCCUGUUUCUGCUUAAAGCAGUGAUUAGGGAAGUUUUUAGCAUGAGCAGCCAUGCAAGAGGUGAAAAACCUUCAGACCAUGAGCUAAUCUAAGAAUUGAACUCAGGGGUGGGCCCAAAUUUUAUUGCACCUGCCUAAAAUAUUGUAUUAAAAAUGCCUAAAAUUUU